AUGUCAUUCCGAUUCUCAUUCUCAAAACCACUUCAGCCAUUCUUACUCGAAUCUACAAACUAUUCACUACCUCGUCACUUUCAUUCUGCUUCACCACUUCUUGCUAGACGUUCACGUGAACGUAAUCGACCGAAACCUCCCAUUCAUCCUUCAGUCCCUUCUUUCAAGAUCUCUCCCGAUGAACCUACUCGUACUACCACUUCACGUCGUAAACUUUUAGGUUUCAAAUCUAGAGCGAAUUCCGAUGAGUUUGCUUGGAAAUUGGAUUCUAGUGCAAACGUACUCCGUCGACGAGAUGGUAUCACAGGAAAAUAUGAGCAUUCAAAAGUAGAUUGGGUUGCAGAGAAACGACGCAAGUUUUUCAAGCUUAAAGAAGAAGAACAUGUUCAAAGAGAAGACGAGCGAUUUGUGGCUCGUCGAUCAAAAGAUCCCACGUUCACAGACCCAAUCAAAUCAGACAACGGGCCACCACCUCCGAGCAAAGGUUGGAGUCUUCCAUCCAGAGAAUGGAACCGUGGUGCACCUACUCUUGUACAUGAGUAUGGUCGAGAGAGUAACCCGAUAUAUUCAUACCCGCAAAGACAAGCCCUUGCCCUUUUACGAAAAAGUGCUUUUGCUCAUGAAAAACGACGUCAAGAACUGCUUAGUCAGCCUGCUUCAGCAUCAGAAGAUCAAUCACAGGACGCUAGCUUUUGGGAUUACGAAAAAAACUUUCGAAGUCCACUUUAUGACUUUUUUAGGGGCGGUUCGACUAUGGAGAAUAGUUCGGUCACUGAUUCUACUUAUCAUUUCUGGUCUGUUGCACAAUUGCGUCGGAAAUCUUUUCAAGAUCUUCAAGUUUUGUGGUACGUUCUGUUGAAAGAACGUAACUUACUCUUGGUUCAACGUACCGAAGCCAAAAGGACAUUUGGCAAACUUGUCGAUCCUGCCAAUCCUGGCGAACCAUUGUCCACAAUCAAAAGCCAAUUGAAAGCGGUUCAAUUCUCUAUGCGGAACAUCAAAGUGACAGUCUCUGAACGUCGUCGAGCAAUCCAAGAUAGGAUCGAUUUCCUAGAUAAAUUCCAAGCUAAACGUGGACGAAGCCCUAAAUCUCAACAAUGGCACAUGGCUUUGGAGUUAGAGAAACAACGAAUCCGAACAACUGAAGGUCAUCAACUUCAAAAUGAAAAUUUGGACGAAUACUUUGCUUCUGCCAAAGGUCGAGAGGAGCUUCAAAAGGUGCUGACUAAGAGAGGCUUGAAGGCACGAGAAGUGCUUGAAAACAUGACGGCCUUUGAUCUCGGAAAUUCUCGGAAUACCUCUUCCUGGACUGACUGCGAGGACCAAGCUCCGAUAACAGCAAACUCUUCAAGCUAA